AUGGGAUCCAUCGUCGCAAACCACGUGUCGAAUAAGAUCGACAACAUGUUCGGAGGCAACUCUGAGGUUUACUCGAGCACGUUCGAGGGCCGCUCUAGAUCGAUCUCCUCCAACACCCCCACCACCGCCCCGCUAGACUCUGCUCGGCUUCCCGCGCAUUCAAACGACAUCUCCUCCUACUCCCAACCCUCCCACUCCCACAAGGACCUGUCCCAUCCUUCGCCAUCCAUGACCUCCUCCAACUAUGCCUUUCCGACCGAUCACCCUUCUCACUCCAACACGCAGACCCCUAUUGGCCAUGUUGACAACCCGAUGAUGGCUGCACCGCCUGCACCACCGGCCUAUACCCGGUCUCCAGACUCCCCGCGCCUGCAGCCGACCUUUCGAACGAUGCAGUCGGUCCCGGGGUCGGAGGCCAACUCCCCUAGCCGCAUCCGCGUCCGAAGCUUGUCGCACAUCCAGAGCCUAGCCAGUGAAGAAUUCCUGGCCCCACCCCCACGAUCACACGCGGCUGGACUUGGCUCGCCACAGCGACAAUUCGAAAUCAGUUCGAUGCCAGUGGGCGACGUGAUCGAAAUGGUAGCCGGCUUGCUCACCAAGAUCACUACGACCAACGAUUUGCACCACGAACAUACACAUCGCCACAUUCCUCCGCCAGAGGGGACCAGCAACCUCAGUCCACAAGCCACCAGUGUCCUAGCAUUUCACGGAAAGAAUGUCCCCAGCAUCACCAUCCUCAGUUACCUCACCCGCAUUCACAAAUACUGCCCUACGACCUACGAGGUCUUUCUCAGCCUGCUGGUCUACUUUGACCGCAUGACCGAUCUGGUCAAUCGGGGACAGGUCCAGCCACAACACCAUUGGGAACCGACCGUGGACGAAUCGACUGAAUCUUCUCCUGAUCCAAUGGACACCUCGACAGAUCGGCAGCCACAGGAUCACGACUCCUCAAUAGCCACUCCACCCUCCUCCGCACCCAUGACUGCACAAGAGCCAAAGAGCCCCAACACAUCGAUCUCCCCGGGCCUGUACCCUCAGAUGGACGAAGAGAGCCUGUCUCAAUAUUUUGUGGUUGAUAGCUUUAAUAUCCACCGGCUGGUCAUCGCGGGCGUGACUUGUGCAAGUAAAUUCUUCUCUGAUGUCUUCUACACCAACUCUCGAUAUGCAAAGGUUGGUGGUCUCCCACUUGUGGAGCUCAACCAUCUAGAACUCCAAUUUCUUCUGCUCAACGAUUUCCGUCUCGCCAUCACGGUUGAAGAGCUCGAGGCUUACGGGACCAUGCUGGUCGAGUUCUACGCCCGUGAGAUCGUCUCACAACAGCAAACAUCAGUCCCCCGACCCAUUCCGGGCUCGGGUUCUGGCUCUCCUACCGACGCCAUGUACAUGCGGACUCGCGACAAGCAUCGCGACCCUGCUCAAUUCGCCCAGACCCCAACCCCCCCUUAA